GAAUCGGACAGGAUAAGGGUAUAUUCAAUUUUUAUUCCAUGGUAUCUGUAUAAAAUAAAAUGCAAGUCCAAUGAAAAUGAAACUGAACAACAAAUCAUACAAAAUACAUUCUUGAUUCUGUUCUUAUAACUAGACUUCUCCCAUUAUAUUUUGUUUUGAUUCAUGACAUAAACCAACUGGUUUCAAUAACUCGAGUCAUUGUAAGAGGUUAAUGUAUAGAUUUUAACUACUCUUAAUUGUCUCUUCAAACGAAAGUCAACUCCUGGACUGAAGUUUGCACAGGCUUGCCACCCCAUAUCAUUUAAGACAAUGGUUUAAUAUUGUAGGUCAUGAGGACUUGAACCCGUGAUCUCAAGAACAAACUAACCCUCAUACAAAUAUCUUAAACUAAUUGGUUCCAAUGACUCAAGUUGUUGGGAGAGAUCUAUCUAAUGAUGUUAACCGCUCCCUUACAAUUUCGAGACAGAUGAACCGUGCACCCACGAAUCAUUGAAUGGUUAAGGCAGAACCAAUAUUUGUAAAAUCGUAUAAUAUCGAUUGUCCGAUCGAGAAAACCUCCUACCAGAAACUAAAUUAUUAUACGGUUUUAGUAGUAUGAAAACAUUAAACCACUAUUUCAAUACAAAAUACCAUAUACAUUUUAGCCUUUUUAGGACUCGUGUACAAACUACAAAUGAGAGAUCCAGCAAAUUAUUACGAUAUCAAGGGGCCAUCACGUAAUUUCCGCAGCAGGCAAAUGGGCCCAAAGGCCCAAUUGAACCAGUCUCCCAUUGGAUCAUUUCAUUACCCAUGGGCUGGCUGGCUGGCUUAUAGGGUCGGUCAGAGGGACCCCACUCCUUCUCUGUCUUCCUCCCCAUUCCUUUUAAAAAGAUUCUCUCUCCCUCCCUCCCUCUCUCAACAGAACACGAGAAAUUGAAACCAAGCGACAAACAGAACACACUCUUCUUCCCAAUUUCCGCCCCCGCUUCCACCUCCGCCUCGUCGCCACCGCAGCCGCCGUUUUCUCACCAAAAGAAACAACUCCUCAAAGUCCGCCGGAAAGAUCUGCUCCCUAAUUCCCUCCCUUUCCUCCUCGCUCACCGCAAAGUCAAGUAAGCGCCGCCCCAACUCUGUUUUCAUUAUUUAGACGCUUUCUGUUUCUCCUAAGGUUGUGGAGGUGAUCGAUCCUCUGCUGAAAUGAAGUCUUUCGGUUUCCUGCUUUGAUUUCAGCUGGUUUUGAGUUAUCGGCCUCGGCUUUGUUUGCUCUUCGUUUAGUUUUACUUAGUGCUUUUCGUUUUUUCAAAAACUGGAUUAGCUGCCGUGAUUAAGCUUCCGGCGGGAGGAUUGGACUAGGAUGAUUUGCGGAUCCGUUUCCUUGUUGCUUAGCUCGUUUGACUGGGGUUCAUUUCUAGAUUUGGUGGAGCUCAAUUGAGCUGAUCGGGGCUCCAGAAACCCGAUUCCGAUUAGCUUAAUCCGUGCUUAAUGGUGUUUCAAUUAAUUUUAUUUAUUACAUUUUGAAUUAAUUAAACGUUCUGCUGAUUUUCAAUCAAUAAUUCUACCCAACUAAAUUAUGUGGGAGAUCUCCUUUUGGAUUAAAUGAUUAUAAAUUAUUACGGUAAUUACCACCAAAUAUGACGUUAUCUAAUUAAAAAAUUUUCCCUUCUGGAACUUUUUUUUUUUUUUGACAACACCUUCUGGAACUUAAUAACAAUUAAGUAGAGUACUUAACUUUCGAUCUGUCUAGUAGGUAAGCGUAUAAGCAAAAACUAGUGCUUGCCUCCACUUCUAGUCUAUUAGUCCUCCUCCCUCUGCCUCUUCUGGUUUGCCAGUUGGAGGAAAAGGAAAGGCACUAAUGAGCAGAAAACGACGUCGAUCACUGCCAAGGAGAGGCAGCCAAGGAGGAAUAGAAGGAUGUGUCUUGAUAUUACUAAUCUACCCUCUAAGCCUUUUUCUUUCAUUUCCUGCACGCGCUUCAAAGUUAAUCUUGAUGAUGAUGAGAUUGGUGGAGAAAAGGAAAGGCAAUUUGAUGGUUAGAAUUGGGGACGGUGGGAGGAUUAGAUGUGGGAUCAGGGAUGGGUAGUGGGCUGGCUGCCCCGCUUUGAUGGCGACCCGCCCACCUCCACCUCUGCCCUAAUUGGGAUUUUGCCGUUUUCUCACUAAAAAAUGGAAAUUCAUCAUCUCAUACGUUGUGGUUGGAGUAGGCAUGGUGUAUGAUAUAUACACAGUCGUCCGAUUUGUGAUAAGAAAGAUAAAUCAAAUGAGCAGUCAAAUUUUGUUUUGUUUAUUGUACAUCCUCUUCUUUAGCUAUAAUUUAUCCAUAUUUGUGUCAAUAAAGAAUCUGGCUUUUUCCUGUGUAACGUGCUGGGCAGUUGUGACUUGUGCGUGCUAACUUUGCUGUAACUGGAAAGAUGAUCGAUCAGGAAAAGGAGGGGAAACGAUUUUUGUCCUGAAAUUAUUUCUGAAUCUAUUUAAUGGCAGCAUGUGCGUUCCAGUAAUUUGGUUGUUUUCUUCUAGCAAUGGACGGUGGUGAUGCUAGAUCAGAAAUCAGUGUUCUUUCUAGGAAUUUCAUUUGCAGGACCUGGAAAUGUUAAAAAGAAACGAAAAAUAUUCCUCUUCUCCACCUGCCAAAGUUUGUAACUUUUGGUUUUUCUUUGACUGUCUAUCUUUAAUACUUACUUUGAUUGGAUGAAAUGUUGUCAUAUGAAAGGUUUUUGUUUAUUAGCUGAAUAGCUUCAGCUGUAAACAGAAGAAAGGUAGAGUUUUAACUUAAUUCCUUUACGAUUUAGAGUUGAAAAUUGAAAUACUGAAAUAGUUAAAAAGAUUACAUAAUUGGCUGCCAAGAUAGUGGUAAGAAUCAUGGCCUUUUGUUUCUUUGACCCAACAUUGCUGUUGCUUUCUGACUUUGUGGAUAUGUGUAAUGCAUCCAUUGAACCCAAUAAAAAUAAUCAUACCAAAUUGUAGUCAUACCUUUGUUGCAACAUUAGGAAUAAUUUAAUUGAAUACUAGAAUCAGAGGGCGAUUAUGUUAUGCAUUUAAUGGAUUGAGCUUCCCCUGGCCAUGGCCCAUGGGUGAGGACCCUUGAUUUUGAACUAUAUGGUCCACUAUUUUCCUCCUAUCAAUUGUACCUCUUUGGCCCUUAUGAGGUAUCAACGUUGAGUGCAGAUUGAUCUUCACGACCUCCUUUAAGACCAUUUAGGAGGAGAAAUAUUAAUAGGGCCACCUCAGCUUGAUCCUUGGUUUAUGCUUGGUUGAGUCUUGGUCUUGUGCGUUUUAGUUGCCUAUGUACAAAGGACUGACGAAACCACAAAACUUCAAUUGCAAUUUGCAGAUAAGUUAUCUGGUUAGUUGAGAAUGGAAGACGAGACGCAAGUCAAUUCAGAAGUCCCGGUGGUGAAGGCGCCGCCGGCUGACAGUAAAGCUGAUCUUAUUGAGGUCGCAAAUGGAGACUUGCCGCAAGCAGAAAAGAAAGAGGAGGACGAAACAGAUGGAGAGUUCAUCAAAGUUGAGAAAGAACCAUUGGACGUGAAAGACGGAGUUGAGGCCCACGUGGCAGCUUCCUCCGAGGAUGAUAAGCCAUCUAUUACCGAGACAAGCGCAAGCAACUUGACCCGGGAAUCGCUAGAAGCCGAGGAGAAGAUCAAGGAGCUCGAAUCAGAACUUGAGAGAGUUGCCAAGGCACUGAAGAAGUCCGAGUCCGAAAAUUCAACGGUCAAGGUCGAAGUUUUGUUAGCAAGAGAGAAGCUCGAGGGGUCUGAAAGCAAGUACACGGAGCUUGAGCUCGUCCACAAGAAGCUGCAGGAACAGGUCAGUGAAGCUGAGGAGCGAUAUGCUUCACAGCUGAAAAGUCUGCAGGAGGCGCUCGAAGCUCAAGAAUUGAAACACAAGGAAUUGGUCGAGGUUAAAGAAUCAUUUGAUGCUCUUACCUUGGACAUUGACAGCUCGAGGAAGAGAAUCGAGGAGUUGGAGAGCGGGCUCCAGCAAUCUAUUGAUGAUGCAAAGAAGUUUGAAGAGCUGCAUAAGCAGAGUGGCUCUGAUGCUGAGUCUCAUGCAGAGAGAGCUUCCGAAUUCGAGAAGCUUCUCAACGCGGCGAAGUUCAGUGCUAAAGAAAUGGAAGAUCAGAUGGGUUUGCUUAAGGAGGAGGUGACGGGUUUGUAUGCAAAGAUUGCGGAGAACCAGAAAGUAGAAGAAGCUCUUCAGAAUACUACAAGUGAGCUCUCCAAAGUUCAAGAAGAGUUUGCUCUUUCAAAGUCGCAAGUGGCUGACCUGGAGCAGUGCCUUGCCUCGAAGGAAGCCGUUCUUAGCAAACUGACUGAGGAUUUGGAGUCAACCAAAGUUUCAGAAUCGAAACUGAAGGAAGAUUUCUUGGCUCUUGAGAAUGUACUCACUGUUGCUAAAGAAGAUCUUCAAGCAAAGGCUUCCGAGAUAGAAGAACUUGCUAAAAUUGUGAAGGAAAAGGAGGCACUUGAAGCAACUGUGGCAGAUCUCACCAACGAUGCAGCACAUGCAAAGCAGCUUUGCAAUGAUCUUGAGGAAAAGUUGAAGCUUUCAGACGAUAAUUUCUCCAAAACUGAUUCUCUUCUAUCUCAAGCAUUGUCAAAUAAUGCAGAGCUCGAAGAGAAGCUGAAAUCACUGGAAGAGCAUCACACUAAAGCUGGAGUUGCUGCAGAGACUGCUACUCUGAAAAAUGUGGAGCUCGAGGACUUGAUUAAAGCUUCGAAUGAAGCAGCAUCUGAGGCUCAGGCCCAACUCAGAGAACUCGAGACGCGGUUUAUUGCAGCUGAGCAGAAGAAUGUGGAGCUCGAUCAACAGCUGAAUUUGAUCGAACUCAAGAACAGCGAUUCUGAGAGGGAAAUUGGAGAGCUUUCAGGGAAAGUGACUGAACUCAGUGGAUGUCUCAAAGAGGCAGAAGAUCAAAAGAAAAGCUUGGUUAGUCAGAUUGAGGAAUGCCAAGGAAAGAUAACCAGCCUCGAGACGAGCUUAAGCGAGUCAUCAUCUCGAAACCUAGGGCUGGAAGAUGAGCUGAAGAAAUCCAUGGAGAAAGCUGAGGAUGCUGGAAAGAAGGUCGGUGAGCUGGAGUUAUUGCUCGAAGCAGAGAAGUAUAGGAUUCAGGAACUCGAAGAGCAGAUCAGCACCGUAGAGAAGAAAUGCGUUGAGGCAGAAGGUGAUUCAGACAAGCUAAAGCUGAAGCUGUCUGAACUCGCAUCUGAACUCGAGGCAUUCCAAGCAAAAUCAUCCAGUCUUGAAAUUGCACUUCAGAUGGCCUCUGAUAAAGAGAAGGAAUUGACGGAAAGCUUGAAUCUGGCAGCGGAGGAAAAGAAAAUGCUGGAAGAUGCAUCGAUCAGUGUGAACGAGAAGCUUAGUGAAGCUGAGAAUCUUGUCGAGGUCUUACGUAACGAGGUAAAUGUUACGCAAGAGAAGUUGCAAAGCAUUGAGAAUGAUCUAAAUGCAGCUGGGUUGAAGGAAAGCGACAUAAUGACGAAGCUCAAAGAUGCCGAGGAGCAACUUGCAGAACAAGCAAAGCUGUUGGAUGAAACUUCAGCGAGAAAAUCGGAGCUUGAAUCAUUGACUGAAACAUUGACUAGGGAUUCAGAAUUGAAGCUUCAAGAAGCCAUUGAAAACUUCAGCAGCAAGGAUUCUGAGGCCAAAUCCAUGUUUGAGAAGCUGCAGAAGCUUGAGGAGCAAGUUAAGACCUACGAGAGCCAGUUGGCUGUAGCAACUGAAAGAUCUGCUGCUUUGAAAGAAGAAUUCGAUUCAUGUUUCCUGAAGGUGGCCUCAACAGAAACUGUGAAUGAAGAACUCAAGAGUAAGAUCAUGGAAGCAGAAGCACAAGCUUCUAAUGCUAUGUCAGAGAACAACGAGCUGCAGGUCAAGGUUGAGGAACUGAAGAAAUUGCUGGAUGCCACUCUAUCAGAGAAGGAUACCACAACACAACAACUUGCUUCUCACAUGACUGCAGUUACUGAGAUAACCGACAAGCAUUCGAGAGCAAUAGAGCUCCAUUCUGCAACUGAGACUCGGAUGCUGCUAGCAGAGACAAAUUUGCAGGAGGCCACUCAGAAGCUGGCUGAGAAGGACUUAGAAAUGAAAGACUUGAAUGAGAAGCUCAUUGCUCUUGAAGCUCAGGCAAAGUUCCACGAAGAACAGGCUGCUGAAACGCAUGGUAGCUCACAAGCUACAAAGAUUGAGCUAGAGGAAACUCGAGAGAAGCUGAAGCAUCUAGAAGCUGUCGUUGAGGAGCUGCAAGUCAAGUCUGGUCAUUUUGAGAAGGAGAGUGGUGGGCUAGCUGAGGCAAAUUUGAAGCUAACAGAGGAGUUGGCUUCAUACGAGUCCAAACUAAGUGAUUUGCAGUCCAAACUCUCUGCAGCAUUGUCUGAGAAGGAUGGAACAGUGGGAGAGCUUCAGUCUUGUAGGAAAACCAUUGAUGAUCUGACGCAGCAGCUCUCUGCAGAAGGAGAGAAGUUGCAAUCUCAGAUAUCAAAGGUUAUGGAAGAGCAUAGCCAGCUCAACGAAAUCCACCAUAGCACAAAGAGCGAGCUCCAAUCGAUCAUUGACCAGCUCACGGAGCAGCUGAAAGAGCAGAAGCAGAAGGAAGAUGCCACAAAGUCAGAGAUGGUAGCUCUCCACGCAGGCAGUAACGAGAAGUCGACAUUACAGGCCCGCCUUAAGGAGGUUGAGGAACAACUGGUUGCAGCUGAAGCUCGACUGAAAGAACAGAGAGGCGCCCUUGAAGGUCUGGACGCCAAGAACAAACAAGUCUCGGUUCUGGAGCAGCAAGUGAAAGAUCUUGAACAGAAACUGCAGCUCGCCACAGCUAAAUCAGUUGAGAAGGGCGAAAACAAGGACGGAGUGGAGAUCAAAUCGAGAGACAUCGGAGGAGCCAGCCCUUCAACUCCAUCAAAAAGGAAGAGCAAGAAGAAGCUAGAGGCUCAAUCCUCAGCAUCUGCAGAGACCCUUACCACGGCAACGGCGACUGCACAAGGUUCAGGAGCCAUGAAUGUCAAGUUGAUCCUUGGAGUUGCCCUCGUAUCCAUCAUCGUUGGUAUAGUUCUUGGCAAGAAAUACUAGACACAACUACUAUUCUUUUUUGUUAGGUGUGCCACCAUUACAAGGUUUCCAUUUGCAUAAUUUAUUUUCCCUUUGGGAGGGUUUCUAUUUCUUUUUUAUUUUUCAAAAUUUAUGCUGGGUUGAUAGCUUCAUUUUAGUUGCAAGCCAGGAAGAAGAAUAAGAAGGUUGGGUGAAAGAAGGUUUCUUUUGUAUGUAUUGGUGUUCUUUUUCUUUUUACCAAGUUUGGGCAGGGAUUUGUGUUGUUUUUUCCUCUGAAAAGCCCAAAUUAAAAAAAAAGUAUGAGAUUUGGUUUGUUUUGGAUUGGAUUGUGUAUUAAACUAUAAUUGAAUUU